UCGAUUCCGCUGUUCUAUGGUCUGUCAAUAUUCAUUUUGGGUUAAUUCUCGAAAGAUAAACAGGAAAUAUGAGCAAAUAAGAUAAUUGAUCAAGCUCAAGCACUUCUCUUUUUUCAAUAAUGAGGAGGUUAACUUUAUAGUGACCGUAUACUGGCAUCUUCAUCAUGGUUUGGAGUUACUUUUUCUUUCUAAUUUGGAUUGCAUAUCUGAUAGCAUCGUCUAUUCUUCUAUUCACAAGAGGAUUCUUGUUGACUAGGGAAAGCUUUGACUUUAAUUCAACAUGUUUAACCCGCGUAGAAACCCAAUGUACAACACCAAAUUCAUUACAUACUGAAAUUAAAACAUUCGAUGAAAAGAACCAUUCUUGCUCUGAUGCUGAGUUUUUAGACAGUGUUGUGGCUAAUAUACAAUCUUCUUCAUUAUUUUGUUUGCCUGCUAGAGCUAGAGUUGUUCUAAUAAUAAUUGAUGCUUUACGCUAUGAUUUUACAAUCUUCAAUCCAAAAAAUAAGCGACCAUUGCCAUAUCAGAAUAGGCUUCCUAUUAUUCAUGAAACUCUCAAAUUUUCUCCUGAUAAGUCAAGAUUAUUCAAAUUCAUUGCUGAUCCCCCUACAACGACAAUGCAAAGAUUAAAAGCCUUAACAACAGGCAGUUUACCAACUUUUAUUGAUGCAGGUUCUAACUUUGCUUCUUCUGAAAUUAAAGAAGAUAAUAUUAUAGAUCAGUUGAUUCGAAACCAUAAGAGUGCAAUAUUCAUGGGUGAUGAUACAUGGGAUGCUUUAUAUCCAGGAAGAUUCAAAAGAAAUUAUCCUUUUCCUUCUUUCGAUGUCAAAGACUUGGAUACUGUGGAUAGAGGAGUCACUGAUAAUAUAUAUCAUGAACUCAAGAGAAAAGAUUGGAGUCUUCUUAUUGGUCACUUUUUGGGAGUAGAUCAUGCAGGACAUAGAUAUGGCCCUAACCAUUCUGAAAUGAAGAGGAAAUUAGAAGAAAUGAAUAUUGCUAUUGAAAAAAUCAUGAAUAACUUGGGCGAUGAUAUGAUUCUUUAUGUAUUAGGAGACCAUGGAAUGACAGUAACAGGAGAUCAUGGAGGAGAAACUGAAAAUGAAGUUGGUUCAGCUCUCUACAUCUUCUCCAAAAUACCUUUUGCAUCCCCCCAAAAUAUUGAAAUAACCAAGCAAGUGAAUAUAGUGCCUACAUUAGCUACUGCACUUGGUAUAUCUAUACCUUUUCCAAACUUGGGCUCAAUACUCCAUGAAGCUCUACCUAUAUUGAAUCACUCUUCAAUACCUCAAUGGAAAUUUUCACUUCUCUCAACUUGGACCAAUGUUGAGCAAGUCGUUGAAUAUGUUCGUCAAUACUCGAAAAGUUCUGAAAUAUUUGAAGAAAGCAAACUGGAAAACAUUUUCGAAAAGUACUAUGAACUGAAGAAGAAUAUUCUGAGUAUCGAUAAUGAAGAUUCUUUCGAAGAUUUUCAUUCGAAAUGCGUUCAGUUGAUUACAGAAAUUCGAAAUAUGUGUGAAGAAAUUUGGAUUCAAUUUGAUUCAUUCUCUAUUACAAGGGGAUUAUUAUUACUUUUUUUGACUUUAUUUUUUAUGUUUAUCAUUGUUGAUGGUGUUCCUGCCAAUUAUUUGCAGGAACUGUUUGUUAGUUCAUUUUUAAUGUGCUCUUAUAUUGUUUGUAUAGUGGCUGCUUGCAUAUCUACAAUAUUAUAUUAUUUUGAUAUUGUAUCAUCUUUAGAGUCUUCUAUAUUUUUCUCAACCGGCGUCAUUUCUCAAUUUAUGUUAGCUAUGUUGAUCGUACAAAAUUGGGAUACUAUCAGUUUAACUUGGCACUCAAAAGCUAAAUACAACAAAUUAGUUUCAUUCACUGGUCGAUUAGUCUUAGCCUUUACCCUAAUUAGUUUAUUUUCGAAUAGCUAUAUUGAAGAAGAAUCUACUUGUCUUCUGUUUUUAUUAACAACUUUUUGUUUUCUUGGCUUGAUGAUUUUUUCUAAGAACGUAGCUAAAGAGAAACAUUGUUCGAAAUGGGUAAAAUAUAAAUUCGUCCUAUUCUCAAUCGUUGUAAUUUUUCUUUUGCGAUUAUCUGUUCAUUUUUGGAAAUGUAGAGAAGAACAAGGAUCUUGUUUUGUGAGAAAUAGUGCUGUAAGCAAGGUAUCUACCAAAUCGGAAUGGGCUGUGACGUUAGCUUCUUUAGUUGUAUUUGUCACAAUCACUAAGACUUGGCUGAAAAACUGUGGUAGCUUAAAUGACUAUUCAUUAUCUGUAACUCUGGCAAAGUACGCACCUACUGUUAUGGUAGUAUGUACUGGUGGAUAUUGGGUUCUCCAUCGGUUUCCUAUAGAUUCCAGACAUCGCACAAAUCUCACAUGGAAAGUGGAUCAUUUAGCAUGGGUGGUGUAUGCCACAUCAUUAAUUGGAAUUAUAAGUACAAUCUUGCAACCGCUCCUGAUAUAUAUACUACCACGAAAGUCAAAUCUACCCGUUUGGAAUGAAUCUAAUAUCAUACCGCAACUCUUCAAAAAUAUGAAGGUGUUAAUAGAGGACAAAGAAAAGGCCAAAAACGAAAUACCAAUUAUUUAUGGAUUAGGAACAAUUUACAGUACAGCUUUUAUUGCAAUUGCUGUUUAUUUGACAAUACUAAUAGGACUUAUUUUGGGAGACACGACAGCACCAUCUGCUGUUAUCAUGUUUCUGACAGCCAUGUUUUUGUUGAUUGUUAUGUCCUUGUUGAGAAUUGAUGAAGCGACAAGUAUUAAUGAACUAUUUGAGGUACCUAAUAUAUCAAUAUUGAUAUGGGUUAUAACAUGUCAUUACUUCUUUUAUGCAACUGGUCACCAACCAGCAUGGUCUAACAUUGAUUGGAAUGCAGCAUUCAUUGGCACAUCUGGGAUUCUAUCCAAUAAAUUAAUUCAAGGAACACUAAUGAUUAUCAACAUUUUCUGCCCAUAUAUAAUUUUAGGAUUCCUUUUGCCAAUGUUAGUCAUUGCACCUUUCACAUUGUUCAUUAUGAUGCCCUCAGUUUUGAGUGGAAACAAAUAUCUUAGCAAAGAUAUUCUCAGUCAGGGAGAGUUGUUCCUGUUUGAGAAGAAUGAAAAUAUGUUCGCUUCAGUAUUUGUGAUCAGUUGUAAAUAUCUGGCUUGCCAUGGAAUAAGGGUUUUUGGCACCAUGCUAGCCAGUACAAUUCACUGUCGUCAUCUGAUGGUUUGGAAGCUUUUUGCCCCAAAAUUCAUAUUUGAAGGAGUUGCAAUGUUUGUUACUUUAACUUCAGUGAUUAUCGGUUAUUUAGUGUUAGUACGAACAAACUUGUUGCUUGAAAAACUUAUUGACAAAUUGAAUAGACAUAAAAGCUGAUGAACGGUACUAAAGUAAAUCUACCUCCUUAAAAUUAAACGUUUAAUUAAAGUAAUAUAAAAUAAAAGCCUUGAUUUAAUGAUGACAAAAUAUAUUCCACAAAAUUUCAUACCUGCCAGUAGAAUGUAGUAAACAUAAAUAAAAUAGUCCAUACUAUGAAAUCAAUACAACGUAAUAAUAAUAUGUCUGAGUAUAAUUCAAAAAAUUUUGAAUAUUUGUCGAAAACUUCACUGUUCUAUUCAUAUAUUCACAUGCUCAACAAAGUAUUUUUAUGAGUAAGUUCAAUGAAGUUACAUUAGAACUACUGUAUUGUGAGCAUAACUCCCAGAUAGUUCUUGAUUAUUUUCAAUAGUUAUCGUUAUUUUUAAUACCAUGAAUGUAUAAAGACCCAAAGAAAGGUAGAACUGUUGAAUGAAAAAUUUUAAAAUAUUGUGGAACUAAUCUCAAGUUCUUCUCAUUUUAUUAAUUAAUUUUGGAAGUUUCUUGUAUACUCAGUUGUAAAAAAAAAAAACUCUUUUCACUUAGCAGGUUAACUGUGUUAGAGUUCUAAUGGAUUACUGAAAUGUAAGUAGCCUCUACUUCGAUCCCAAUAGCAUGACAUUCUAAACAAGAAUUUCAUUCUCCAGACAAAUCUGUAUGAGCCAAUUCAUGGUAUUCUUAUUUUAUAACUUCAGAAUGUCAUCAAUGUAUUAAUGGUAACAGAUUUUGCUUGAAUUGCUCAAAAAAUGUCAUCAAUACUCAGCUGUCAAAACUUUCAAUGAGAUAGAAACAGACAAGAAAAAGACAUUGAUCCACUUUAGAAAAAGUUGCUCCUUGGUGCUUGUUGAUGCUUUUUACAAUUGAAGGAUUUUAAAUGAAUCCUAAUGAUGAAUUUGUUCAAUAAAUUGUAUGUUUAAACGUAAUCUAGUCACCAUUAUCAUGAUAAACUGUUUGUAUGUAACUAGGUAGUUAAAUUAAGAUUUCAGACCCAAAAGAUGUUUUUCUAAAUAUUAUUCAAGGAACCUAAAAACUAUAUAAUAUAAUAGUUUCCUUGGUUCAUAGAUAUUUUAAUUAUCCUAUUAUGGGUAUUGUGUAUUUGUGAUUUAGAAAUAAACAAAUAAACAUUUGAAACUGAA